AUGGUUGCGAAGAAGAAGGAGAUUGAGAUAGGGAAAGGAAACUGCUUGUUGGGAAGAAGAAUAAGGACGAUUGAUGACUCCCAUUGGGUAGGCAUUGUACUUGACCUCACCGCCUGGUCAUUAUAUGUUAUGGACUGCAGUAUUGCAUGUGUUUCAAAUACCAAAUUAGUUCCAAAUGCACACUUCCCUUUGAAGAGGAUGGAUUUGGACAGUGGGGUGACUGCAAUUGCGCUUUUGGAGAUGCAUGCGACUAGCCAACCAUCUGACUGUUCGAAAAUCAUGGAGACUACUCUUCGCAUUGCAGCCGCUAACUACGCCAUGGAGGUGUUCACUUGCUUCAACCCAUCUCUCUUGUCUAAUUAAUGUCUUAAUUUCUCUACUUUGUACGUUGUCAUGCAUUAUAUGUUUUCGACUGUUGAAUGUUUCAUUUUUGUUCGCUUAUGUAGAAACUAUUAUCAUCUUCUAUCUAUAUGAUUUAAUCUAUGUGGUAUAUAUAUUGAGAAA